GGACAUUGCUAUAUAAAUACAUCACAUCGAUCGCACCAGUACCACAGUUUGCUUUCUGAAUCCGGCCCAACUCCUCAGUGUCCAGUUUCUCGUAACUUGCUACAACAAACAUGUCUCAAUACAAGCUCACCUACUACGACAUUCAAGGUCUUGCCGAACCUUGCAGAUAUCUCUUUAAGCUGGCUGGCGUGGAGUUUGAGGACUAUCGAAUUCCAAAAAACGACACGACCUAUCCCAAGCUCUCGGCCCAUAUUAAGGAUUCUCUCCCCUGGGGAAAUAUCCCCGUGUUGGACGUGGAUGGAAAGAGGAUCGCGCAGUCAUCCGCGAUUUGCAGAUUCUUGGCAAACCGGUUCAAAUUGGCAGGCGCUGAUGAGUUUGAAAAGGCCAAAUGUGACGAGAUUGUUGAUUCCAUGCGGGAUUUUGCACAGGAAUGGAGAGGCAUCAUGACGGCAACGGAUGACGCCCAGAAAGCCGAGAUGAUGAAGAAAAUGAUGGAUAUUACGUGUCCCUUCUACAUGGGGAAGUUUGAAAAAAUUGCGAAAGAUAAUGAUGGGAAAUGGCUCGUUGGGAAAAAUGUGACCUGGGCGGAUGUCAUCGUUGCCCAUUUUCUUUUGAUGCUCAUCGCUCGAACUAAACUGCCAGUGGUGGAAAAUUAUCCAUCCUUGAAAAAAUUGUUGGAUGAUUUCCAGGACGUGCCACAAAUCAAAGAGUGGAUUAAAGAGCGACCGGUCGAGGGAUGUCUUGGCGAACCGGCACGAUACCUCUUCAAAGUGGCUGGCGUGGAGUUCGAGGACCACCGAAUUCCUAAAAAUGAAUCAACUUACCCUAAAUUGCCUGCAGACUUGAAGGAUUCACUUCCUUAGGGGAAAAUUCCCGUUCUCGAAGUGGACGGAAAGACGAUUGCACAAUCUUCCGCGAUCUGCAGAUUCUUGGCGUUGAGGUUCAACUUGGCAGGCGCUGAUGAAUUUGAGCAGGCAAAAUGUGACGAGAUUAUUGAUGCCAUGAGGGAUUUUGGGAGAGAAUUAAUGGGGGUCACAAUGGUUCCGGACGAAGAUGCGAAAAAAGGAGAACUGUUUAAGCAACUGAAAGAAGUCACGAUUCCAUUUUACAUGGGAAAGUUUGACAAAAUCGCGCAAGAGAAUGAGAAAUGGCUCGUGGGGAAAAAUAUGACCUGGGUGGACAUCGUGUUUGCUCACUGUAUGACGAUUUUUAUGAAUCGAAGCAAAAUUCCACUCGUGGAUGGAUAUCCAGCCCUUAAAAAAUUGAUAGAUGACUUUUACGCCGUUCCACAAAUUAAGGAGUGGAUAGCUCAGAGACCAAAUACUGAUUAACAAGAUCUUCUGGUUUUGUGUCCCGAAUAUUCAAAGUGUGUGUGAAAUCCUAAAUUUAAUAGGGUAUACAUAAUUUAUAAUUAGUUAUACCGUAUUAAAGUUCUAUGGUCAAAAUCGUUCAAUGUGUUUCUGUUAAUAAAGAUACGUCUAUUUAGAAAAAAUUAAUCCUACAUGCA